CGUUCAGCCCAAGGUCAAAGCUCAGGUUUAGGUGUGUGUAUAUAAAGAGCCGGACAACCUCCUCUUCAUCACUCACCUGAUACCUGAGCAUCAGCAGAUAUUCAACUGACAGGCCUCCAGUCACUUUAUCAUCCUCCUCCUCAUCAUCAACAUGAAAGCUAUCCUGCUCCUUUCAGUUCUUGCUCUCACAGCUGCAGCGGAUUUGGCAGAUGUUAAACCUGUUGCAGAUGUUGGCACUGUUGCAGAUGUUGAAAUUGUUGGAGAUUUUGAAGCUAUUGCAGAUGUUGCAGCUGCAGUUCCAGAGCUGCAGAAGGACAAUCAGUUGGAAGAAGAUGAACUUCAUAUAAAUGAAGAGGAAAAUGCUGCCAUGUUAGAUGUUGCAGAGAUCGAUUCUCCAAUUAAAGAACGUUUCUUCAGUUGUCCAUCUGGUUGGGAACGUUACAGGAGCAACUGCUAUUAUUUUGUGAGCUCAUCCUAUUCCUGGAGCAGCGCUGAGUCCUACUGUGCCGGUCAAGGAGCUACCAUGGCAUCUGCCAGUGAUUUGUUUGAAUACACUUUCCUCCAGUCGCUCACCAGCCGAGCAGGCUGCCAGACCGCCUGGAUGGGAGGAUACUACUUCCAGGUUAUUAGCUUAUCAUACAUAAAUAAUAAAAAAUAUAAAUAUAUUAAUCAAAGUGUGUGUAACAGGUGACAGAAAAAAAAUAGUUGGACUACACUGUGAUGUCUAUGGACAGACAGAUGUCUGCGGCAGGUUUAA